AUGGAGGCUCAAUCGAAACACUUGCGGGCAUCGUCCCCGUCGGCACCGUUGUCGCAGUCGUCCAGAGGGAAGCAGAACGCUAUGCAAGAAGCCAAAUCUCAACGGCUAGAGCAGGAAUUUAAGACGAAGCACCUCGGUAUUCUCGGGGUGUUAGCUUGGAUACUGUUCCUGCAUCUCGCCGGUAUAUACUUUUUCACCAAAGGUUUCCUUCUCACCCGGAUGGUCCUCGAGACCAAGUCUUCCUGCAACAUUCUCCCCACCGACGAAGCUUCGGCCAAAGUUGGGUCGUCCACGACAGGCAAUCAGAAUGGAUGCUGGCAUGAAAAGACCUUCGACAAGGCCGUGAUCAUUAUAAUCGAUGCGCUUCGCUAUGACUUUACCGUGCCGUUUGCCUCGGCAAAUGAAAACCAGACAGCUCAUUUGUUCCAUGACAACAUUCCGGUGCUUUAUGAAACCGCGACCCAGAGUCCCAGCAACGCUUUCUUGCUCCCAUUCAUCGCCGACCCGCCCACCACUACUCUGCAGCGCCUGAAAGGACUAACUACUGGCACCCUGCCGACUUUUAUCGAUGCAGGGUCCAAUUUUGCAGGCACUGCUAUUGACGAGGAUAACCUGGUCGCUCAGCUUUUCAGUGCGGGGAAGACUCUUGUCCAACUUGGCGAUGACACUUGGCAAUCGCUGUUCCCCGGCUAUUUUGACGCCAAUCUGACACACCCGUAUGAUUCCUUCAACGUAUGGGAUCUGCACACCGUGGACAAUGGCGUCAACGAACAUCUUUUCCCCCUACUUCAGCCAGAGAACAGAUCCAAGUGGGACGUCAUUUUUGGUCAUUACUUGGGCGUGGACCAUGCAGGACACCGCUACGGACCCAGUCAUGCUGCCAUGGCUGCCAAACUACAGGAGAUGGAUCGCGUAAUUCGCCAGAUCAUGGGCUCAUUGGAUGAUGAUACCCUUUUGGUCGUGAUGGGCGAUCAUGGCAUGGAUACCAAAGGAGACCACGGUGGCGAAUCAGAUGAUGAGGUGCAAGCUGCGCUGUGGAUGUAUUCCAAGCGUGCCGUGUUUGGCCGUACGAGCAAGGAAAAUUUACUGCCACCCCAGCAUGCGCGUGAGCGUUCGGUUCCUCAAAUCGAUCUGGUGCCGACUCUGUCUCUGCUUCUUGGCAUGCCCAUCCCAUUCAACAACCUGGGCUCACCGAUUGAAGAGGCUUUUGCUGGCCCUAAUGGCAACGACUGGUCGAACUUGCUGGCUGUCAACCGUUUAUCUGCCGCGCAGAUCAAGAGAUACCAGCAUGCGUACGCAAAGGCUAGAGGUGCCGGUGACGAUAUGGAAUCUUUCGCGCUUUGGAUGGCGGCCGAGAAAGAGUGGAAGUCGGCUUCCAAGGGAUUUGGGUCCAAGUCCAGCACAAUUCGUUCGAGUUAUAAACUGUAUCGUGAUUACCAGCGACACACCUUGGAGAUUUGCCGGGGACUCUGGGCACGCUUUGAUGUCCCAAGCAUGGUCUCGGGUGUCGUACUUCUCGCCUUCGGCCUCGGUUUGCUGGGACUUUAUGCCCGCGGACUCAAUGUGGACCGCACAAACGUGACAAGCGCCCUUCUUUCCGCCGCGGGUGUCGGUGCUUCGUUCGGAGCCGUCUCUGGCACGCUCGUGGCCGUUUUUGGAAUUUCUCACAUGGCGAUCACUGACUCGUCACUUCUUUUGGCUGCUCUUGGAAGCGUGCUUGGCAGUCUAGUUGUGUUGUUGAAGAAGCUUGCCAGUGUGAGCUGGCCUCUCCCCCGUGGCAUGUGGGGAUGGCUCGCUUUCUUCUUCACGGUCUCCCAAUCCGUAGGCUUUGCUUCCAACUCGUAUACCAUCUGGGAAGAUGACAUUCUUCUCUUCUUCCUGACAACGUUCGGUGUAUGUGCCGGCAUUUCUUCCAUGCGUCAAAAAGCCACAACAGACCGUGUGCUUGGUGUAUACCACUCCAUCUUGUUCAUUGUUCUCGGACGCCUCGCCUCCUUCUCUCGCCUCUGCCGUGAGGAGCAAAUGCCCUUCUGCCGCUCCACAUACUACGCUUCAUCCACUUCGUCCGUUUCCGCUCCGUGGCAGCUCGUUAUCCCGGUUAUGGUCGCCCUCAUCCUUCCGGGGGUCGUGCGCGCCUUUUACGCCGGCUCCAAAUCGUACGAAGGUGCUGCGACUCUGUGGGUUGGCUUUGGUUUCCGUCUCGGGCUCGUCGUCAUCUCCAUAUUUUGGGUGCUUGAAGGUGCCGACGAUGGAGAGUGGCUGCCACUCGGCAAAGAGACCCUCAAAUCAAUUCGAGUCUUUCUUGCUCAGCUUGUUCUCGCACUUGCAUUUGGGGCCGGUACCGCCGCGUACCUCUAUUCUAAGCCCUGUAUCACCAUCAGUGUCUCCAAACCCACCGAAGACCCUAAUGCUGCCCCGGCCCCUAUUAUUGCUGGGCAACAACAGCAACCCCGGACUACAGUGACAAUCCUGGGGUUUGGAAAUGUAUACGGCACUCGAUUCUUCUUCCUUGUGGUAAACUUUGCGCUUGCAGUUAUCCUGAUGCAAAAACCCAUGGGCCAAGGCGCCAUCGCUCUGCUGGUCUGUCAGAUUUUGUCUCUUCUCGAAAUUUUGGAUACCAACGCUCUCACACUCUCCAAUUCGUCGAUUGGUCCCGUUGUGCUUGGCCUCCUGGGUUCCUUUUACUUUUUCAAGACGGGCCACCAGGCUGUGCUCAGCACCAUUCAGUGGGAGACCGCUUUCAUCCCCCUAUCGAGCAUCAAAUACCCCUGGUCCCCGCUCCUUAUUGUGCUAAACACCUUUGGGGCGCAAAUCCUGACUGCGGUAGCCGUGCCCUUGACUGUCCUGUGGAAACGACCCCUUGAAACUUCCGAUCGUGGCUCGCAGCCGUCCAGUUCCAAGAUCGCCAACCCGGCCGCGAAAAUGCUCUCGGACGUAGCCCAGGCUGCCACGACGCACAUGUUGUACUUUGCGACUAUUAAUCUCGCCACGACCAUGUGGGCAGGCCACUUACGUCGUCACCUGAUGCUGUAUCGGAUUUUCAGCCCGCGCUUCAUGAUGGGAGCUAUUGUCCUUGGGGUGGUGGACGUGGUUCUCAUGCUUGUCGCUGUUGGUGGAGUCCGAUGGAGCACCAUUAGCGUGGGGGACAUUUUUGGCUGGUAA